UUAAAGUGUCGAAAACCCUAAAUAAAAACCUCAGUGGCGCUAUAUCUUCUACCUUCUAUCUCUAAUAAAAAGUCAAAAUACAAACAAAAUAUACUAAUGCCCGCUUUGCCGUUCCCUGCAGCUGCUAGUACUGUGCCAAACCGCCCGCUUCCGCCUCCUUUGUUUUAUUCUUCCGUCGCAGCUGCUGCUUGGUGUUGUGUUCUUUCUCUCGGCUGUAAAUUAUGUUUUUGGGACGAAAGAGGAAGGCUACAGAUUGUCCCCAAUGGGAGAGGGAUUUAGAGAUAGAUGUCAUGUUUUACCCCUUGGAUAUUGAUACAAAGAUGGCUGCUUUGAAAGCUUCUGCAUCUGUUGUCAGUAUUACAUCUUAUUUAGGUGAGAAUGAGUUAUCUCAUAGCUCUGGAAUUAUCAUUGAAUAUAAUGAUAAUUGUGGUAUUAUACUGACCUCUGCCAAUCUCGUUGAGUGUCACAACCGUCAAGAUUCUAUAGCAAAUGAGAUUAUGGUUGUUGUGCACCUAUCGGAGCAUACAUCAAUUGGUGCUGAAAUAAUAGCAUGCGAUUUUCAUUACAACUUAGCUGCUCUAAAAAUACUGUGUGAUACUCCAUUAAAAGUUGCAUCUUUGGCGUUGUUGGAUCAUUCUUCAACAAUUGAUCCAAGCUGUCUUCGCACUCCAAUUCAGCUUCGUCCACAUUUGAAGUCAUGUAAUUUUAUUCCUGGAAAAGCAGUGACCGCUCUUGCCCGCUCUUCUACUAAGUCUUUUAAGCUCAUGGCUGCACCUGGUGAAAUCAGUCUCAAUGUCUGCCGAUAUGACUAUGACUGUAAAGAGCUUUUAAGGGCAACCAGCAAAAUUUCCAAAUGUGGCAUUGGUGGCCCGGUUAUCAACAUGAAUGGCGAAGUCAUUGGAAUUUGUUUUUAUCACCGGUUGUACACUCCAUUCUUGCCGGUUAAAAUAGCUUCCAUAUGGUGGGACCAUAUCAAAAAAUAUGGGGAACCACGUCGACCUUGGCUUGGCAUGGGAGUGACUAAUCUUUAUGCAGCUAACCUAAGUUUUUUGGAAAAUUUCAUUAAAAAGUUCCCCAACAUUUUCAAAGGUGUUAUUGUUAAGGAGGUAUUACAAGGCUCUUCUGCUGAUUCUGUUGGAAUAAGACAAGAUGAUGUUAUCGUUCAAUUUGAUGGGAAAACCGUUCAAAGUUUCUUGGAGUUAUUUGAAAGUAUGUGGAGCAAGGUUGGGGAGCAUGUGGAGCUGGUGGUCAUUAGAACAGGUAAUGAUGAUCCUUUGCUUCUUAAAAUGAAGGUGGAUGAGGCCACAGCAGAUAGAUUGUAUAGUUGGCCGCUUUGGCGAUGAAUGAUGGACUACCUGCUAAUUUUGGGGGUCGGCCUGCCAAAUGAUGUCAUACCCCAGCAAUUUAAUUGAGUUUGGGAAUUAUUUUUGUUAAAUAGUUCAGUAUAGGGUUGCAAUUCGAUAUCCCUGGAAAGCAAUUUAACUUAAACUUUUGAGAAUCUCUUUGUAAACAUACUUUUAACAACCAGCUGGCUGUGCGAGUACUACUGAAACUAGCUCUGGUCCGUGUGUGCAUGAUUUUUAUUUAUCAUCACUUUUACAUUUUUUAAAAUAUUAAUCGAUGAACCUUUAUUCA